AUGUCUGGCGCCCAGGUUCUUGGCUACAUAGCUAAGCUGACCUCUACGACAAUCCACGUUGCUAUUGUCUGUGCAGGGUAUAAUGCCAGCCGUGAUGUCGUCACCUUGGUCAAGUCCGUCUUGUUUCAUAGGCGGAACCCUCUGCACUUCCACCUCAUUGCCGACACCAUUGCGGAGCAGAUCCUGGCCAUGCUCUUCCAGACCUGGAUGGUGCCCGCCGUACGUGUUGACUUCUACAAUGCGGACGAGCUCAAGUCGGAAGUUUCCUGGAUCCCCAACAAACACUACUCUGGGAUUUAUGGCCUGAUGAAGCUUGUCCUGACCAAGACCCUUCCUGCCAGCCUGGAACGGGUCAUAGUCCUUGACACCGAUAUCACCUUUGCUACCGACAUUGCAGAGCUGUGGGCUGUAUUUCACAAGUUCAAAGGUCAGCAGGUUCUGGGCUUGGUAGAGAACCAGAGUGACUGGUACCUUGGAAACUUGUGGAAAAAUCACCGCCCUUGGCCUGCCCUUGGAAGGGGCUAUAACACAGGGGUGAUCCUGCUGCUUCUGGAUAAGCUACGGAAGAUGAAAUGGGAGCAGAUGUGGAGGCUGACUGCAGAGAGGGAACUGAUGGGCAUGCUGUCUACAUCCUUAGCUGACCAGGAUAUUUUCAAUGCUGUCAUCAAACAAAACCCUUUCCUCGUGUAUCAGCUGCCCUGCUUCUGGAAUGUGCAGCUGUCGGACCACACCCGCUCUGAGCAGUGCUACAGAGAUGUGUCUGAUCUGAAGGUCAUUCACUGGAACUCCCCCAAGAAGCUUCGGGUGAAGAACAAGCACGUUGAGUUUUUCCGCAACCUCUACCUGACCUUCCUGGAGUAUGACGGGAACCUGCUGAGGCGGGAACUGUUUGGCUGCCCCAGUGAAGCGGAUGUCAACAGUGAAAACCUCCAGAAGCAGCUCUCUGAGCUGGAUGAGGAUGACCUGUGCUAUGAGUUCCGGCGAGAGCGUUUCACCGUCCACCGGACCCACCUGUACUUCUUGCACUACGAGUACGAGCCUGCUUCCGAUGACACGGACGUCACCCUGGUCGCUCAGCUCUCCAUGGACAGGCUCCAGAUGCUGGAGGCCAUCUGCAAACACUGGGAGGGGCCCAUCAGCCUGGCCCUCUACCUGUCUGAUGCUGAGGCCCAGCAGUUCCUCCGCUAUGCCCAGGGUUCCGACGUGCUCAUGAGCCGCCACAAUGUGGGCUACCACAUCGUGUACAAGGAGGGCCAGUUCUACCCCGUGAACCUGCUGCGCAAUGUGGCCAUGAAGCACAUCAGCACGCCCUACAUGUUCCUGUCUGACAUCGACUUCCUGCCCAUGUACGGGCUCUAUGAGUACCUCAGGAAGUCUGUCAUCCAGCUCGACCUUGCCAACACCAAGAAAGCGAUGAUUGUCCCCGCAUUCGAGACACUACGCUACCGGCUCUCAUUCCCCAAAUCUAAAGCGGAGCUGCUGUCGAUGCUGGACAUGGGAACGCUUUUCACAUUCAGGUACCACGUCUGGACGAAAGGCCACGCACCCACAAACUUCGCCAAGUGGCGGACCGCCACCACGCCUUACCGGGUGGAAUGGGAGGCCGAUUUUGAGCCAUACGUUGUCGUGAGACGGGACUGCCCUGAGUACGACCGGAGGUUUGUGGGCUUUGGCUGGAACAAGGUGGCUCAUAUCAUGGAGCUGGAUGCACAGGAAUAUGAAUUCAUCGUGUUGCCCAACGCCUACAUGAUCCACAUGCCUCACGCCCCCAGCUUUGACAUUACAAAGUUCCGUUCCAACAAGCAAUACCGCAUCUGUCUCAAAACCCUGAAGGAAGAAUUUCAGCAGGACAUGUCCCGCCACUACGGCUUCGCUGCCCUGAAAUAUCUCACGGCUGAAAACAACAGCUAGCACCAAGGUGCCCACCGCUAGGGAGAGACAUACCGCAAGGGAAGAGCCACUCGUUGUUGGGGGCCCAGCCUUCAAACUCAAAAUUUAGCAAUGCUUUUUGGUUUGUUUUUAUUUGUCUCUUUGGCCCAACAAAGCUGCCCUCACUACAGAGAUCUGGAAUGAGGUUCCAGCAAGCCCCUCUCUGCCCUGCAACCCAGCAUUCCCAGAAUGUGGAAAAA